AUGUUCUCCAAUCAUACGAAACAGAGUUACAAGCCACUAUUGUUCGAGCUUAGAAUUCAUGGAACUGAUAAUGAUGUUAUUUUGAUAAAGGGGUCUUCUGAAGCUGCACCUUCCGUACUACUUUCUGGAACAAUUAUGCUUUCAAUAGCAGAACCUAUUCAAAUAAAAAAUUUGUAUUUGAAACUGCUAGGUAGGAUGAAGAUCAAUUUACCAAUAGAUGAAGAACUAUCGAUCAAUACAAAUGGUAGUAAACAAAUUAUGUUAGAUAAAUAUUUUUAUCAAUAUACAUGGGAUGACUUCACUAUUGAGAAUUAUUUAAACGGAUUAUAUGACAAUUAUGAUAAUAACAAUUCUAUUAGUGGUAACAAACUAGGAAAGGCUAAAUCUACAACCUCUUUAAUAACCUUAAAAUCUGGUAAAUCUCCUAAACGAAAAUAUCACACCCUUCUCAAAGGCAAUUACGAAUUUCCAUUCAGCGCAAUUCUACCAGGAAAUAUGUUUGAAAGUGUUGAAAUCAGUGAUAAUGCUUCUAUCACGUACUAUCUAGAAGCUAUAAUAGAACGAAGUAAGGGAGCAUCAGAUUUAUAUUGUAGAAAAUAUAUCAGAUUUUUACGUACUCUUGCUCCUGAUUCUGUCGAGCUAUCUGAAACUGUAAAUGUCACAGACCGCUGGCCCAACAAAGUUGAAUACUCCAUCUCUACUUCAUCUAAAGCAGCUGCAUUAGGGUCCACUGUUCCCAUUAAUAUCAUGCUUGUGCCUCUUUUGAAGGGGCUGAGUUUACAUAAGGUAAGGAUAAAGCUACUAGAAACCUUACAAUUCGAGUAUCAGGGCAUGAAGUCUAAGCAGGAAAGAAUUAUCACAAAGUUAAAAUUAGUAGAUCCAGAAUUGGAACUAACAAGACUAGUUGAUGAUCAGAAAUUCCAAGAAAAAUGGGAGGUUACGAUUCCCUUUGAAAUACCAUCCAGCUUGUCUGAGGGUACCCCAGAUUGUGAUAUCCCACACCGUAUAAGGGUGCAACACAAAAUCAAAAUUUCAAUAUAUUUAAGAAAUGAAGAUAGACAUAUCUCUGAGCUGAGAGCUUCACUAAAUGUGGUCUUAUUCGUAUCACCAUUUGUGGUAUUGAGAGCCAAAAAUUUGGACAAACUAACGCCAUCGCAGAGAUUACUGAGCGGACACACUACAUACACAGAUAAUAAGAAGAAAAGUCACGAUGGUGAAGAAGAUGAAGUCAUUUUUAUAAAGACGUCGUCGCAAGUUGGACUGGCCAAUGUAAUGAAUAAUUCAGUCUCUUCUGGAGCAGUAACUAGGUUGAUGACUCCGCCAGAUUAUGAAAAACAUAUUUUUGACCGUAUUUGGACCGUAGCUGAAGAUGCUGCGGUGAUAUCUCGUACGCCAUCUCCAGCACCAUUUUCUGACAAGAAUACACCAAAUACUAAUAUUGUGGGAGUGAGAAGCAGAAGGGCGGCAACCUUCAGCAGUGCUUACAAAUCAGUCAGUGAAGCAAAUUCUGACAUUGGAGUUCGCCGUAAACAACUUGAAAUUAAAGAUUUGAAAGCUCCUGUAGGCAUUUCUAGUUCAAAUGGUAUAAUCAGUACCUCUCCGAGAUACCGCAAAACUUCAUCUUUCACUAAUAAAAACCUUUUAACUGUCCCUGGAUUGAAUACCAUACCGACAUAUGAGAGUGCAGUUGCUUCUAUUAAUAUUGAUGAAGUUCUACCACCUAUAUAUUGCUUUGAUGAAGACGAGACGCCUGAUGAUGAGACAUUAGAAAUACCCCGUUAUAAUACGCCGACCUCUUUUGGCAGCGAAAAUGAAUCCAUCCAAACUCCUCCAUUUGCUUUAAAUAGAGCAUUCUCUCAUAAUUCUCUAGCGGUCGCAGAGUUAAGUAAAGAAGAUAGCCCUGCUCGCACACAUUCGCAACUCAAAAUACAUCUUACUGAUCAGGCGCUAAAGAAUAUUCGCCCGCACCCAUCUGAUGCCAGGAGAAAACGAAGUUCAUCUAAUGUGAUGGCUUCUGUUUUCCCUUUUAGAAGGUCACCAAAAUAA